CCACUUUAUUUGCUUAUGCCUCCACAGACAUGGCUUCUGGAAGCUUCCAUUGGCUGCGGAUCGCCGUUCCCAACCAGUCGGAGCGGCAAGAAGCAACACAUACCGGGACACCACUUCUUGCAGCUCCCAUUGGCCAGGGAAGGCAAUCCAUGGCCAACAGGAGCGUUAAGUAGCUGUACCUGUUGCAGCUGAGUCUUGAGAGAAAAAAGGAAAUGCAGCAGGAUAAACAAAAAGCACUUGAUGUAGAGAUCUGGAGACAGAAUUCCAGGAAAAGAACUUUACUGAAUCGUGUUCAGGAGAUCCUGGAAAACAUGCAGGUCAGAAAAGUGUCCAAUCAGAGUGAUUUGAAUCAGAGGGAGGCUGAGAGCAGUCAUUCUAAUUCAGAAUCAAAAGCCUCAAAUGAUUUCACAAUGCUGUCAGACAUCGAUUUGCCAAGUUCAACUGCAUGCAGUGGUACUACAGACCUUGGGAAAACAUUGGAGAUUAUGCCAGCAGACACUGAUAUCCAAGUUAAAUCAAGUGGAAUAGACUCAGUUAGGGGCACAGAAGAACAUAUUCCUCCUGAACAAAGUGAGAACAACCUCUCAGAAAAUAUUUCUUGCCUUGAGGUUACGUUUCCUGAUAAAACACAAAAUAUGACUACUACAAGUGCACAUGUAAAUAAAGAGCAUAUGGAGAUGCCACCAGCUGCUGAGGAAGUACCUGAUCCUUAUGUAAUGAGUCUUCAGAAUCUUCUGAAAAAGUCCAGGGAGUACAUAGAGAGAGAGCAAACCAGACGUAGCAUGAGAGGUAAUUCAAAAAGAAGUUUUAAUGAAAGUAAUUCAGAUAAAGAAAAUGAUGCAGUUAAAUCAGAUGUCUCUGGGAAAGAGAGAGUAAGGUUUACAGGCAGGAGUUGUACUGCUGUGACACUUGAUAAACCAAGUCUUAAUAAAUCAAAUAUUCUACUCCAAGGUGCCUCUGCCCAAAUAAAUAGCAUAAGUACACCAGCUUCACCCAGUUUCUCUAAAGUGGAUAUACCUACAAGAGCUGGAACAUCCCCAGUUUUGGAUUUGGAUUCAGAUGAAGAAUUUAAAAACACUUGUACCUUUGAUCAUGACAGUAGUCGUGUCAGAAGCCUUACUGGUUCUUAUGCCAAAUUACCUAGCCCAGAACCAAGUAUGAGCCCUAAAAUGCACCGAAGACGUCCAAGACCUUCAUCAAUGGGACAUAUAGUUAUCAAUAACCCUGUGAAUGCCUAUGAAUUAAGUCCUAAAAACAAGGGAGGAGCAAUUGACUUGAUCAUACAAGAUGUCACUGACCAAACCAAUGCAUCUGAACCUGUGCCAAAAUUCACUGCUGACUUCACCACAGCUUGUUCUAGCAAAGCUCAUGUUGUCAACCACAAUUCUUCAGAGACUUCAGAUCAUGUGUGCCAGCGUUCCAUUAGUCAACUAGAGAGCAAAGGAGCAGUGGUAUCUUCUGUAAUGGACCCAAAGUUGGAUGGUAGAAGGCCAUAUAAAAUGGAUAGUACUACUUGUACUGCAACUCCAAAAUUGCUUGAGUCAUGUGCAGCCAAUCAGUCAGUGGUGACUCAAAAGCUAGUAACUAUAAAUGGAAACAAGGCAGUUAGUUUAGUAGAAAAGACCAAAAGUAAUUCACCAGUGGAACUCAAUAAAUCUUAUGAUGUAGAAAAUCCAUCUCCAUUACUGAUGCAAAGCCAGAAUAAGCAUCAGCAGCUGGAUACUCCAAAUGUUUCUUCUGGAAAUGAACAGUUUGUAGAAAAUGGUUUUGAAAAAGUGAAACGUAGGCUUGAUUUGGAUAGUGCUAGUUCACAGAAAGAGAACAAUCCAUAUAUUUUAUCAGUUGGAACAGAAGAACAAGAGAAGUGGAAGUUGCAAGACCGAAAGUGCCCCAUAGGAUCUGUUGAUGGUAACAAGAAUGAAACCUCAGGCAGUGGUACAAAUGAAGAUGACAUUUUGAAAAAUAAAUUGUUGGCUUUUGAAGAAAUGAGGAAGAGACUUGAAGAGCAGCAUGCACAACAGCUAUCAGUACUGAUAGCUGAACAAGAGAGGGAACAGGAAAAGUUGCAGAAGACUUUUAAUCUGCAGGAGAUUGAAGAGCAGGAGAGAAGGUUAAAAGGAAAGAAGAGCUCUACAGCAGAAAGAGAAAUACCCAAAAUGACCAUUAGCAGUGGGAUGGAACUGGAGUGGAGAAAAAUAAGCGAAAGUGGCUUGUUAGAAACAAUGCUGACUCAAGUGGAGAAAAUCUAUAACACAAACUCAAACAGCACUGAUUUUGACAACACUACCAUGCCCAAUAGUUUUGGUUCAACAAAUGAAGCUCCGUUCUACCUCUGGGGACCAUCAGUUAGUGGGAUGUCAAAAAUAUCAACAGCCAGAUCUAUUAGGGCCAAAACCAGGUUGUCUCAGGUCUUUGGACCAGAGAUGCAAAUGAAGUUCAGUAAGAUCACUGCCUUGGCAAAGGGAUUUCUUACUCGUAGGCUCAUGCAAACAGAAAAACUGAAAUAUCUUAGGCAAACUGUGAAAGAUACUAUGGAGUUCAUAACAAAUUUUCAAUCUGAAGCUCCCUUAAAGAAAGGAACUGUUUCAGCCCAAGAUGCAUCCCUACAAGAAAGAGUGAUAGCUCAACUGCGAGCUGCGCUGUAUGACAUCCAUGACAUAUUCUUUAUAAUGGAAGUAUCUGAAAGAAUGAAUAUCCUGCGUCAUGAUCGUGAAGUUCGCAAAGAAAAAAUGCUCAGGCAAAUGGAUAAAAUAAAGACUCCACGAGAGAGGGUGACACUUUCGACAGCUACACAGAAGUCUCUGGAUAGGAAGAAGUAUUUGAAGGCUUCAGAAAUGGGAAUGCCAAAUAAAAAAAUUAUUGUAAAACAAAAUACUCCUGAAACAAGAGUACUUCAGCCAAAUCAAGGACAAAAUACUCCAUUCCAUAGGCUUCUUUGCAGGCAAGGAACCCCUAAGACCUCAAUGAAGGGGGUUGAGCAAAAUAGAAAGAAGUCCUCAGAAAGCAGAAUGCCUAACAAGGCAAUUUCAGGAGUAUAUGCAGGAAGAACCCAAAGAAAGAAGCCAAAUGUUGCGACAAUUUAAGACGACAGCACUCGCUUGGAUAACAAUAAUGGCUAUUUAAAUGAAAUUGUCUUUUCGGCAUUGGUUCAGAUCUUGCAUCUCCUAUAUGUAUGCUUUGAAUUGACAAAUGUACACAUUUAACAUUUUUUUUCAUACUUUAAGGACAUACCAUAGGUUUUUAUGGAAUGAUGUUAAAAUAAUGGAGAGGGCUUACAAAUAAGUUCAAUUUUUACACUCAUAUGAAAACAAAUUGCAUGUGAAAAACUUGUUAGGUAUUCACAUUACUGCAUACAUACAAGCAUGUUCAAAAUGCUCUGCUGUAGAGAAGACUAAUAUAGUGCAACAUUGUCUAUUUGUGUAUCUUACCAUCUUUCUGACUUCUUAUUGUAUAUAUCAUGCACUUUUUGUACUAUAGGAAAUGUAUAUUUAAAAUUGCAGUUCAUACACAUUAGUUUGAAUAAUAGAUUUCCUUUGUGUACAUAUUUUAGCCAUUUGCCCUGAAAUUAGAGCAAUUACACAUAGAAAAGAUAACUUAUUAAACUGUAACAGUACUAUGCUUUUUUCCUCAGUUUGAGAGCAGCAUUGCAGAGUGUAUCAUUAUAUAUGAAUGUGCUAACCUCUCAAUUUAAAUACUAAUGACUGAUAUUGUUAGGCUCAGUUUUGUUGACUCUGCAGACAAUUAAUUGCUGGCAUAAAUGUGCAAUUUUAUUUACAUUAGUGAAGUUGUACUUGUUCACAUAGAUGGUGAAUUUAGGCCUCUAUGAUGAAACAUUCCAAGCAAUUUUCCCUCCCUACUGUUUACUGCAUUUUCUAAAUCCAAAGUACAUUUUUGAUGAAGAUGAAUUAAGAUGUAUCAAUUCUAUGAAGAUGUAGCAAUUUCCAGAAGGAAAGAUUUUGUUUGCCACUUCAGACAAAUUGUCCUCGGCAAUCCUAUAGAUGACUGUUCCACACCAUUGUUUCUUACUGUUUGGACAUUUCUCGACCUACUUUGUUGUCUACACAAGUAACUUGGAACAGUUUUGCCUCCCCAAAAAAUUCUUUUCUGUCAUCAGUAACAGACUCAAGCACUGAAGCCAUGCUUCCAAGUUCUGUGUCCCUAAAACUUUGCAAAACUUACUCUCCAAAAGAUGCUCCUGUUUGCCUCCUUUUUUUAUAGUUGUUUCAGCCAUUAAGAACAUGAUUCUUUAAGGAGAGGCUGCUUAGUAAUUUUAAUCUUGAUAAUGAGCUUCCUGAAUCUUUCCUUGGUUUUCAAAUAGAAAAAAUCUUGGGCCUAUGUAUACCCAUCCUUUGAGAUGGAUAUUGUUCAGUCAGUAGCAUACUUCUGUAUCCCCACAGCUUAAAGAGUGGUAGAGGGGGACUUUUUAAACAAAAAUAAACGCUACGUAUUUAAUGAAAAUGUCAAAUUGUGCUGUUUCACUAGUAUAAAUUUGCUGUAACGCCUAACUUCAGUACCUUAAUCCAGGUUGGCAUUAGUGUAACAGCAGACUUUAUUUAAUAUCAUUAAAUAACGCAAUGUAAAAUAGAAAUUCAGAAUAAUUAUGUAGAAAUAAAAAUGCCUUAAUACAAAAAUGCACAUAGAAUUAAUAAAAAUGUUUGAGGAUGGCUUAAACUUGUAAGUUAUGGUUUCCAUCUACAAAUCCAUACUUUAUUCUGUACAUUUUGUUGCAUUAUUAUAAGCAAAUUUACUUAUUGUGCAGUAUUUUAAACUGAGUCAGAUGUAAUUGGAAAUGAGGCAAUGCUAUUUAGAGGAUUAACAGAUUGCUCAGCAGUUGUGUUCCGGAGCCUUAUUUGAAGGCUUGGGAACAGAUCUUCAGAUGGUGUCAAUUUACACCUGCUAAAGACUAGCAUCUAUAAAGGCUAUUGUUUUUUAGUUUCCUAUCCAUAAUACAAAGAUUUCUUGUGAUACUAUAAACUUCCUUGAUUCCUAGUAAUUUCAGAACUUUAAUUUGGUUCUUAAUUUUUGCAUUACACUACUGUUAUCAGUUUUUUGAGGAAAACAUUUCAAGAGUAACUAAGAACGACAUGUGAAAUGCAUAUUUUUAUUAAGAAUUACAAUUUUGCAGUGGCAAAACUUUAUAGACUGUGGCUUGUAGUUCUUAGUGCUAAAAUUGAUUGUAGAUGUUUUCUGUACUGUGUUAUUAGUUGGCAUUUUGAGACUAUGUAAAAGUAGUAUGUCUAAUUUAAAAAAUUAAUGUUCAACUUUUCAGGCUUCUUAACUAAACUUUUUUUACUUUAAGAACGUACUGAAGCAUCAUAUCAAUUUUUUAAAACUUUUAUAAGGCUGCUUUCUUGAUGAGUGCCAGGAUUUGUUUUUGUAAUUUGAUAUGUUUUGUAUUUAUUUAUAUAUAUUUAAUUUCAAUUCACUUUUUAUUUUUAUGGAAUGUAAUGUUGUUGUCAUAAAGUAUAUUUAUUUUUUGUACUUUUCAUUUUUGCCAUCCUGCUCCAUUCACUAAAUA